AUGCCUGCCGUUCUGAUCUGGCACCUGCAAAUGGACCGCCGGACAAAGAUUGCAUUAGCCGGAGUCCUCAGCCUAGGAGCCCUAGAGAGUGUCGCCGUGAUCAUCCGAAUCCCAUAUCUCCAUACCUACCAUGACACCAACCUUCUCUACGCAACCUACCAAAUCGACUUUUGGUCCAUCAUCGAGAUCGGAAUUGGCAUUACCGCAGGAAGCCUCGCCACCCUUCGCCCGUUAUUCCUUUGGGUCUUCGAAACUCGAUCAUACUAUGGUGGUAACUCGCGUGGUAAAAAGCAAGGCGAAGAGGAGCAUCCUCUGUCGAACCUAUCCACGGAUGCUGAAAGGUUACAUAACCCAAGCAAUUGGGGUGGGGAAUUUGCUCCAGAAAAGUCGAACAGUCGUCUAGUAACCACCGUCACAUCUCGUCUGAGUCAUUCGGAUAGGAAUCAGGAUGCUAUGACUUUGGGUGCUGGGUCAUGGCAGGCACUUUAUCAGGUCAAUAUUCAGACAACAAUCAAGAUAUCGGAGGGAGUGGAUGAAGCAAUAUGA